AUGGUGCUUCUUAACAUCCGCUAUUGGCUCAGCAAUGUGGUCCGGAUUCUCACCAUCAAGGACGGAUGCGACUCAACGCCACGACAGGACUCCAUCAACGCCGUACCCGACCAAAUCGACACAGACCCUGACGUUAAUCAGUCUUCUCAUAUCACUCGAUCGUCACCUCAACCAGUCAAAGCCAAGAACCCUGCUAGCCGUUCUAGCAUUCAGCACUUUCCCUUUCCUCAUGAUCCUUAUGUCAACCUCCCAGUAUUAGGGAUGGGCAUGACUGGGAUUAUUUAUGAGUUAGGGGAAGAUCGUGUCGUUAAGAAAGCUAGGCAAUCUCAACUUUCAGACGCUGGCAAUGCAGAAUACAUGAACACGAUCAACCAGCAAACUCUGGAGAAUGAGAGUCAAGUCUUCAAGCGCCUUGGUAAAUGUGAAGGAAUUAUCCCUUGCUUUCAGAUAUCUCAGUAUGGGAUUGAGCUAGCCCGUGCGCAGGAUGAUCUUGAAUCCUAUAUGAAAACCCAUCCAGAACCCGAGAUCGCUUUAAAGGUCAAAUGGAUACUGAGUCUUAUCAAGACUUUCUCACAUAUUCACAAUUGCAGGAUAUUUGUGGAUGAUAUCGCUCUUCGGAAUAUCUUAAUUAUGGACAACCAGCUCAAGGUUGCAGAUUUUGGCCAGUCUAUCUUACUACCACCUGAUGCUGAUAUUACUUCUGCAACCGAAGGGGAUUUAAAUGCUCGGAUCGAGAUACUACACCUUGGGUGGAUACUCUACUCCAUUAUUUCAUGGCAGGUUCACAAGUACUAUUUCUUUGACGAGAACCCUGAGCUUCGUUGGCCUGCUUCGUUCCCAGUCCUUGAUAAUAUUCUCUGCGGCAAGUUAAUUGAGAAUUGUUGGCGGGGUGGAUAUAUAAGCAUGGAUCAACUGCAGCAUGAGGCGCUUCAAUUCCUUAGUGGUUACUACUAG